AUGCUGUGCAAUACCAUGGUUUCAAUUGUGCACACAUUGUUGUUCUUGAUUGGAUUGGCCAUUGCCACCGAAGAACCCUUAAACAAUGCAGAAGGUACAAAUGUUAGCGGUCAGAAAUUUCGAAUAAUGGAAACAGGAAUACAAUAUCCAUACGAAGAACAUUUGAAUAUAAGACCAUUACCACAUAACCAUUUACUCACAUCGUUUGAAUUUGAAAUGAACUCAGAACCAUUCUUUCCGGGUGAUUCCUCAUUGGAUUUCGAUACAUAUGAUCAUUAUACCGUCUUUCCAAAGGCAAUCGAACCACUCUUACGCCGCACUGACGUGAAACAACUUCAUUUAAGAUUUACUAGAGGUUACUGGGAUUCUGAAGAAUGGGGUCGUCUACCACAUGAUGGUUUCAAAUCGGGUGGGUCUGGUGUUGAAUUAUGGGCUUUGAUUGAAGGUAGUUCAAAGGAAGAUGCCUUCAAAAAAUGGAAAACAUUGGCUAACUCGUUAAGUGGUUCAUUUUGUGCUUCUAUUAAUUUCAUUGACGUUUCCAAGACUAACUACCCAGUAUUGUCAUUUAAUCCACAGGAUAGAGAAGAGCAAGGGAUACCACUAUUUAACCCAACAAAUAAUCUCUAUUUAAUGCAUGCUUCGCUUGCUAACGAACCUAUUUGUACAGAAAAUUUGACUCCUCUAUUGAAAUUGUUACCAAGUAAAGGUAAAUCUGGGAUAUCCUCUUUAUUGGAUGGUCAUAAACUUUUUGAUUCUACGUGGCAUAAUAUGGCCAUUGAUGUCAAGACCAAAUGUGUUGAUAAUAAUCAUUACUUGAACAACGGGGAAUGUUUUUUCGAAAUGGAAGCUAAUGUGGAUGUUGUAUCUCAUAUUCCUAGCGUAUUGGCCAGAAAUAAAAAUCCAAUUCCAAAACCAUUGGGUGGUGAAGAUUUAUAUUGUGAUUUAUCAAAACCCUAUGAUGGUUAUCAAUGUUUUCCAUCCCCAGAAACUACCGAAAUUCAAUUCUCAUUAUCCGAUUUAUUUGGUAAGAACAUUUCCGGUUCAAAUGAUUUAUCUUUCACUCAUUCUAGAAUCUGUGUUUCCAUAACUGAUAACUGGUUAGCUACUAUCAAAAUGGAUGAAGGUCUAUUUGGUACCGAUGAUAACUGUUUCGAUCUUACUGAAAAUCGUAACUACGAUAUCUACAUGGAAUCUGGAAGUACCAACGAAGUAGCGCAAAUCGAUGAUGUUCCGAUAUAUGUCAGUAGAUCGCUAACUGGCUAUGGCCAAGACCAUGGUGGUCUACGUACUGUCUUUUCAAACCCAACUUCUAAACCUGUCAGAUUGUCAUAUUAUGAAUCUCUACCAUGGUUCAUGAGAAUUUACCUAUCCACUUUGGAGAUGGAAGCUACAUCUGAAGCUCACAAAAAUCUAACAUUAAACGAUAUUGUCGAAUCGCGAUAUUACAUGCCUUCGAUAGAUCGUAAAAGAUCUACUCAGUUAGAAUUUAUAAUGACUAUACCUGCCAAUUGUACUAUAUCUCUGGCAUAUGAGUUCGACAAGGCAUUAUUACAUUUUACUGAAUAUCCACCAGAUGCUAAUCAUGGUUUUGAAAUUGAAUCCCUAAUUAUUACUAUUCUUGAACCUGUCCCAUAUCAGCUUCGUACAGCAACAUUAUUGGUAUAUUUGUCUACACCUGAUUUCAGUAUGCCAUAUAAUGUUAUUAUCAUUUCCUCUACGAUUAUGGGGUUAAUAUUUGGUACCUUAUAUAAUUUAAUUACCAAGAGGAUGGUCACUAUGGAAGAAGCAGAAAAUAUAUUAGCAACUAGGUCUAUCAAGUAUAAAUUGAUGAUGUUGAGACAACGGAUAUUAUCAAAACUAGGUCUUUAG